AUGAACCCUGCUUCAGCAGCCGGGGAGGAGAAGGGGGCUGCAGGAGGAGGCGGCGGUCCCGGCGGCAGCACGUGCCGUGGGGCCGAAGGCGGCGGGGACCCUCGCAGUGCUCCCGCCACGGCGGCCGACCCCGAAGAGCCUGGGCUAACCGGUCAGAAGGAGGACUCUCUGGAAGAGAAGCUGAAGAGUUUAACCUUCAGGAAACAGGUGUCUUACAGGAAAGCAAUCUCCAGGUCUGGCCUUCAACAUCUGACUCCUGUUCAAAACCUCAACCUGAGCAUCAGUAAUGGACCUGUGAAGGAGCCGAGAAUGGCACUAGAAUGGAGUGAAAAUGCAAUAAAUGGCGAACAUCUCUGGCUGGAGACCAAUGUAUCUGGGGAUCUGUGUUACCUGGGAGAGGAAGGCUGCCAAGUUAAAUUCUCAAAAUCAGCUGUCCGAAGGAAAUGUGCUGCCUGCAAGAUUGUGGUCCACAACGCCUGCAUGGAGCAACUGGAAAAGAUUAACUUUCGGUGCAAGCCAACUUUUCGAGAAGGCAGUUCCAGAUCUCCAAGAGAGAAUUUUGUUCGACAUCACUGGGUUCACAGAAGGCGACAGGAAGGGAAAUGUAAACAAUGUGGAAAGGGAUUUCAACAAAAAUUCUCCUUUCAUAGUAAAGAGAUUGUGGCUAUCAGCUGUUCAUGGUGCAAACAAGCGUUUCACAACAAAGUCACCUGCUUCCUGCUGCAGCACAUUGAGGAGCCUUGUUCCCUAGGAGCUCAUGCUGCUGUUAUUGUUCCCCCCACCUGGAUCAUUAAGGUGAAGAAGCCUCAGAAUUCACUGAAAAAUUCAACCAGGCGGAAGAAAAGAACCUCUUUUAAAAGGAAAGUCAGUAAAAGAGGAAAUGAGGAGAACAAAGGGCGGCCUUUUGUGAUUAAGCCCAUCUCUUCCCCUCUCAUGAAACCUUUGCUUGUAUUUGUGAAUCCAAAAAGUGGAGGGAAUCAGGGUACUAAAGUGCUCCAGAUGUUUAUGUGGUAUUUGAAUCCUCGUCAGGUUUUUGACUUAUCUCAGGAAGGACCAAGAGAUGC